AUGGACGAUCCGACCCUCCUCAUCCAUUGGCUCUUCAGCUGUCUGGCCCUCUCCAUUAUGGUUGCUCGGCUGGCCUGGAGGAGAAUAGCUAGACAAGAGUACAACCUCGGUGACUGGCUCACAAUUGCGGCCUGCGUCUGCGCACUGACUCGACUCGGCCUUAUUCACGUGGUGUUAACCUGGGGAACGAACAAUGUAUCACCGAAAUAUCGACAGACUCAUACAUUUACGGACGAAGAGAUCUACAGACGGGAGAUCGGCAGCAAACUUUCCAUUGUGAACCGGGUCUUUUACAACUCUUACCUUUGGUUACAGAAAUUGGUUCUGCUGGAUGUUUAUCGGCGACUGCUUUUGAACUUGCGAUAUGAGAAGAUCACUAUCUGGACAUUUUCCUUUGUUUUUUUCGCGACCUAUGUCGCUUGCCAGGUGACGACAUUCAGCGAAUGCAACCCGUUUCAUCUCUACUGGCAGGUUGUUCCUGACCCAGGUUCUUGCUCAAAAGCCCAACUUCAACUUGUUGUUGUAGGCGUCCUCAACAUCGUCACAGACUUUAUGCUUCUCGUGCUCCCGAUUCCAUUGGUUGUUUCGCUAAAAACUCCAUGGCAACGUAAAGUUCAGCUGUACGCCCUUUUCACGCUGGGCAUUUUCAUUAUCGCAAUUACGAUUAUUCGCCUUCCGAUCAACAUCACCAACAAAGACAGUCAAAUUAACCGCACAACAUGGGCUAGCGUCGAGUUGCUGACUGCGGCCCUUGUCGUCAACGCGCCAACACUCUAUGGCAUGUGGAACAAGAGGAGGCAGAAAAAGGCUUCGUCAAAGUCCCACGGGACUUCUGGGCUUCAUUACUACGCUGGAGGCGGAACGCAUGCGUUAACAAUUCACCGGUCAACCGUUCGAGCAGGAGCCGAGGAAACCUACGCGAUGAGCUCUAGGCGCAAAAUUGGCCCCAUGGAAGGAAUCAUGCAAACGAAGGAGGUGAUUGUAUCAGAAUUCAGGCAAGAUGGGGACCGGAUAAACGGACGCUAUGAGAACCUUCCAGAUGACGCGGAGAACGCUUCUAAUCACUCCAGCCAACACGGCAUUCUGAAGAAUUAA